AUGGCGCCCAAUUUCAUGAAGGGGCAAACAGACACAUCCCAAUACACUGGCACAAAACCAGACACUCCCGCUACCGAUCCCAAUAACAACAACUACCAGAAUUACAACCCUGCGAGUGGUGAUAAGAAGUCGUCAACUGGUGCCCCUUUGCUGAGCAGCGAAGGAGCCGUCGGAAAGCAGUUUAAGCCAGAGGGUGCAAUCGGCAGCGUAGGCGAAGCUGUUGGUGGUCCACUCGCCUCCGAUGGGGCAAUUGGCAAGAAUUUCACCCCGGAUGGAAGCGUCGGCGGCACCAUCAAUAAUAUGGUUGGCGGUCCCAAGAAGGAUUGA